AGAAGGAAUAAGUGACAACAAAUAGUAAAGUGAAUUCUCUGUUUCGCACACGAUUACAGCCAAAGCGUUGGACAAACCGGACAAAAGCAAAUCAGUAACUACCAUCAUGGACGCGGCUUUGCUGUUGGAGGUGCAGGAGAGAGAGGCAGAGUCCUCCCAGACGUUGAGUGACCACACAUCAGCCACCCAGCUGCUGAGGCUGCAAGUGGAAGACCUGCAGAAGAGACUGCAGGAGAAAGGCGACAAGCUCUCAGAGGCCCAACAGAUUAUCAGAGGGUUACGCGGUGAGAUCUUGUCUCUGCAGAGGCAGCUGGAGGUUGAGAGGAGGAAGUCCCAGGAUGCAGUGCAACAGCAGGCCAAGAAACCACGAAAGGUCCAGUCCAAAAGAGCCGAGGUCAGUCAGCACCGUUCUCCUUCCUCAGAGAAGCAGCACGCUGCCCUCUCAGGGUCCCUCCACAGCGACGCAACAUCAGCAUGGAGAAGGCUUUCGUUGAGGUCCUCCGUUAGACUGGAGGACUGGGGACCCAAACUCAACCCAGACGGGGUGUUUUUGUUGCCGCCAGUGGAGCAUGAUGAUGAUGAUGAUGAUGAUGAUGAUGGUGAUGAUGGCGAUGAUGACCUCAAUGACGAUAAUGAUUACAUCCCUAAUGAAGCUGAUGACAUCAAUGAUGAUGAUCACACUGCUGACCGUCAGAGGACACAGAAAAGGCCACGGUCAGCUGCCGGACAACCAAAGCACAAAGUGAAGCACGAAGAAGCGCAAGCACAACGCAGAAAGAGGACAUCCAGAAAACCCAGAGUUCAUGAAUGUGGCACGUGUGGGAAGCGGUUUACAAGACCAGCGUCCGUCCGCGCUCACGAAAGGAUACAUACCAAGGAAAAACCAUAUCCUUGCACAAUUUGUGGAAGAGCCUUCAAGGAGAAAAAUCAACUGAAGACCCACAUUCUGUGGGUGCAUGAUAACAAGGAGAAAGGCAUUGUAAGAGAGAGGACUCAUCAGUGUCAGGAAUGCGGGAAAAUGUUCAUCAAUACUAGUGGCCUGAAAGUUCAUCUGCAGAAUAUGCACACGGCCGAAAAGGCCUUUUCUUGUAAACUGUGUGACAAAAGGUAUUUCAGCCUCAGUAGCCUGCGAAAUCAUGAAAAAGCCCACACCGGCAUUAGACCCUUCAUGUGUUCUGAGUGUGGGCAGGGGUUUACCACGUCUCCGCACCUAACGGUACACAUGCGCAAGCACACGGGCGAGAAGCCAUAUCAGUGCACUCAGUGUCCUAAGGCGUUCCCGAGUGUAUACAGGCUGAAAAAUCACCUCGUGAUGCACUCGGGUGAAAAGCCGUUCCUCUGCCCAGACUGUGGACUGACUUUCCCCAGGGCUCAAAGCCUCAAACUGCACAAGUUGACGCACACGAGGGUGAGGUCUCAUCUCUGCCCAGUUUGUGGGAAGGGCUUCUGUCGCCCUGACAUCCUCAAGACGCACCUGCGUGUUCACACCGGAGAGAAACCUCACCGAUGCACCACCUGUGGUGAGAGAUUUAGCUACGUACAGACGCUCCAGACCCACCAGAAACAGGCCCACUGUGGAGGAGAACAAAAAGAGCAGGCAGGCAGAGAGCAAGAUGAGAACUCAAGUGCAGGAACUAAGCACACCUCUUUCAGCUGUCAAGAAGCAAGUAAAGACUAUCUACUACUAAACUAAUGCUUGAGCUGCCCUAGUCCCAGGCCAGACUCUAGACAUAAUGUGUAUGUGUGUGUGUGUACUCUACUUUACUGAAGAAGAAAAAAACAACCCUUCUUUACAUCUGCACUUGUUGUUCUGUAUAUUUCCUGUGCACUUUGUUUCUGCUAGUUAUGUUGAUGAUGAUGAUGAUUAUGUCCUUGAUUACAAGUGGCUUUGAUUAUAAAGCGUAUGCCAAAUGCAAUGUAAUGUAAUGUAACAAUGAACAACCCCAAACACCAGGCAAUCGCGGAGACGUGAUAUCCCAGUGAGAUGUACAAUUGAGUUUAAAACGCUUCUGAUUAUCCAUAUGUCACUCAAAGGCCUAGAGCAGGGGUGCUCAACUAGAAACUGAAAAGGUCCACUCGCUAAAUUUCGUAUGUUUCCAGGGUCCAAAAAAGUCGCUACGGACCGAUGCCGAAAAUAGCCUCACUCGCUGGCCCCACUGGCCUCUUGCUCACUCACUGAGUUGUCACAGUGAUGAUACUUUUAUUUGUCAUAAGACUGGCUUCGCAGAAAUACACCUAUAGAUCGCAUGGCAGCGAAAUCUCAUGUAUAAUUUAUACAUAUUAAAUACAGAUGGAUUUUGUCUUGGUCCGGAUGACACUGCGUUUGGGUCCGCAUCCGGACCUGGGUCCGCCAGUUGAGCACUCCUGGCCUAGAGCCUAAAUAUAUAUGGGCGAUAUUCUAGAUGCCUUAGGUCUACAGAGUCUCCUCUACUGGUUGUGCCAAGGUAAUAUCCAAACAGGGUGAAAUGGCAUUUAGCCAAUAUGCUCCCAAAUGUUGGAACCAGCUUCCUGUUCAAAUCAGAGCUGCACUCAA